AUAAUUAGGGAAUUUGACGGUUUGAUAAUACCAACAUAACGAUCCGCAACUCCAAUUUUUUGUGGGGUGACAUUUGACUUCACCGAUCCCGUAAUUUGGAAAAAUUUCGGAAUAUUCCCAUUGAUAUCCGUAAUGGCAUCUCAAAAGCUAUCAAUGUUGGUCCGCUCUUUGAGCACCAGCUCCGUAAGCCAACAAUUGGUCAAGCCACCAGUACAAAUUUUUGGAAUCGAAGGUCGCUAUGCCACCGCUUUAUAUUCAGCUGCCAGCAAACAGAAGACACUUGAGGCAGUCGAAAAGGACCUCAUCAAAUUGCAAACUUCCAUGAAAACUGACCCUAAGUUGCGUGAAUUCAUUCAAAACCCCACCAUCAAACGUACUCUGAAGGCUGAGGCCCUUAAAGCUGUUGCUGCCAAGGUUUCCCUGAAGGCUGAAUCUGCCAACCUUUUGACCAUUCUUGCUGAGAAUGGCAGACUGAAGAACUUGGAAGGUGUGAUCAAUGCUUUCAAGACCAUCAUGGCUGCCCACCGUGGAGAGGUUACAUGUGAAGUAACUACUGCUAAAGAAUUGGACGCAGGCCAAAAAGAAAAAUUGCAACAAACACUAAAAUCUUUCCUCAAGCCCAAUGAAACCAUCAACUUGUCUACCAAAGUUGAUCCCACUAUUGUCGGUGGAAUGAUCGUCAGCAUUGGGGAUAGAUACGUCGAUAUGAGCGUCGCUAGCAAAAUUAAGAAGUACACUGAACUCAUCAGUGCUGCUGUUUAAAAAUAUACUUUGAAAAGUUUUCUAUAUUAUUUGUUUUAGAACUAUACAAUAGAAUUAAAUGUAUUAAUAAUU